GAAACAUUAAUCACGUUACCAAUUUUCUCUGUCGUAUUCGCAUCUAUAAUCUACUUUGUUUCAAAUGCUAAUGACACCUCAAAUGUUAUUGUCAUUCAAUUACAAGGACUCCUUGGUAAAAGUAUUUUACAAGAUAUUUUAACCUUAAGCGUUAUUAUCCAUAUUCUAGAAGCUUUUUUCAUAUUAUUUAUUUUAAUUAAGUGGGGUGUAUAUGAUCCAAAAACCUUGAUUACUUGGGUCGGCUUCACGUUGCUUUUUGGCCAUGGUUGGCAUUUAUGGAUACCUAAAAGUUCCACAAAACCCAAAACUACAUGA